GUUAUCAGGGAUGGCAAACUUCAAGGGUCACGCGCUUCCAGGCAGUUUCUUCCUCCUCUUUGGGCUCUGGUGGUCAGUGAAAUACCCACUGAGGCAUCUCAGCCAGAAAGCAAAUAAGAAGUCCCACAGAAAUUAUUGUUUCCAGCGGGCCGAUGCCAUUGAAGGGGGAGUCAAAAUCGCCUUCGCUCUAAUAGGCAUGCUGGCGGAGCAGUUCGUCCCCGACGGCCCGCACCUGUAUCUCUACAGCGGGGAGAAGCGUGACUGGGUGAAGCUGAUGAACUGGCAGCACACCACCAUGUACCUCUUCUACGGCCUCUCGGGGGUGGUGGACGUCUUGACCUAUUUCUCCCAGGCGGUGCCGCUGGGCCUGGAUCGCCUCAUGCUCUCUGUGGCUGUGUUUGUUGAAGGUUUUCUCUUCUAUUACCACGUCCUUCACCGCCCCAUGCUGGAUCAGCAUAUCCACUCCCUGCUGCUCAUCGCCAUAUUUUCAGGGGCCUGCAGCAUCCUGCUGGAAGUCUUCCUCCGGGAUAACAUAGUCCUGGAGCUGUUCAGAGCUGGCGUCACCAUUGUCCAGGGAACGUGGUUUUGGCAGAUCGGGGUCGUGCUGUUCCAGCCAUGGGGAGGCCCGAUGUGGGACGAGAAAGACCACAACAACGUCAUGUUCCUCACCAUGUGCUUCUUCUGGCACUGGGCAGCCGCUGUGUUCAUCCUGACUAUAAACUACACCCUCGCUUUCUGUUGCCUUCAGAGGUGCAGGAGAAUCGGUGGAGAACCCUACAUCGGCCUGGGAGUCUGGAAGCAGAAGGGCGACACGAGUUCCCACGCUGCUUUCUUAAAUGGGUCCGAUGAAGAGUGAAGAGGGUGCAGUCUCAUUUUGCAAAUAGUUAAAGAAUCAGCUUUCUAAAAGAAAAAUCGAAGUAAAUAUUUCUAUUUUAGAACAAGCAAGAAAGGUGCCACCACUGAGGCGCGUGGAUGGUAGCUACCCUCCGCCCGUGCCAUCCGACGCCUGGAACCAGCACCGCCUGCGAUGAUUUUUAGCGUCAAAAUUCAGUGCAGAGAUUGAGCGUUGCAAGAUGACUUUGCCUUGCGGGUUCCCACGCGUGUUUGUGCAGCGAUGGACGGCACCCUUCGGCCAGCUGAAUUUUCAAAGCGCCUCGUGGUUUGACCCGCAGUGAUUGAGGUCAGAGCAACCUCCAGGCUGAGGUCGGGUACUCUGACACCUCAGCACCAAGGGAGCGUCCCAAGGAGGAAGAGUGAAAGCCUGUUCGAUGCUAGGUUGCAUCACAUUUGCAACAACCAAGUCUGGUCGUGCACAAUACAAAUUCGAUACCAAAGCUUGGAACUAAAGGGGCUUUUUAUAAUUUAUGUUCACUUAAAGGCUAAAAGAGACAAGAAAUGCGAAAUAAAAAUCCUCAUUGAGUGGAUGUCCUUAAAUUUAAGCGUGAUAAAUCAUGCAGGGUGUAACGAUAGCUUGGACAAAGCCAGCCCUCAGGCCCGGAAAGCCCGAAGGCCUGUAAGAGGCCUGACUAAGCAGCAGGGAUUCAUAAAGUGUCGCAGUUUGCUAUUGAAAAUAAACCCCAAACUGGGGGAGUUAAAUGAAAGAGGCAGUUUCCCGCUUUUUAUGAGCUGGAGCAGAAUCACUCGACUUACCUACAGCCAGCAUCGUUCCUGGGACCUCUUACAAAGAAAGUUGCAAAGAAAAGUUAAUGCUGCCCAGGGCACUAGAGAAACGUGCUGACCACAUUAUGUUUGUUUGUAGCCUGCCCUUACCAGUUGCAAAGGGAGACUGGAAAUGUCACUGCCUAGAUAGGAGGAAAACGUUCCCGUAGUGAGCAUAGGGAUGAAGGAAAAAUAUAUAAAACAAACCCCAGCAGCACAAACCGAAGUGCACCUGUUGAGAUCUCAAAUCCUGAGGCGGGAGGGAGAUGUUCGGCAGCUAUUCAGUCUCCUCGCUAGCUGUGCGAUGGGGAGGAUGAAGCGGGUUUUGUGUGUGUGUGCUCGUGCCUAUAACGGCAGAGCAGCAGUUUGCCAGCAGGGCCAAGUAUUCGUGACGGUACACUCACGCACCGGGAAGGCAAGGCUGGUAUUUUAACACCCUUUCUGCUUGUGCAAAGAGCCUAGUGAAGGCCGAGGGGCCUGCAAUAUGAACUUCAUUGCUGACUAACCAUGCUAUAAAGACUAACUAGCUUGCCUCGAGUGCCAGCUUUCCUGUGUUUUUAUUUCCUCUUUCCAGCACUGAGCAGAUUUAUUUUGCGGCGCCGGGUAUCAGGAGGUGCAAACAGGCUCGGUGCACAGAGAAUUAAGAAGCAGAGGGAUACAUCUCUGUAAAUCCAUCUCAUAAACGCCAUGCAAUUAAGUCUCAUGAACUGUGACUGAGGAACACAACAAGAUUUCUGCAGAUCCUUGUUCUGCCAAGAAUGCACUCGGAUUUCUUUUUUUCUAAACGGCGUGAAUUCUGCUUGCUCUUACAACAACACGGCAGCCGGGGCGAGCGUUUCUGCAGGCCGUUGCCUCACAAAGAAAACCGUACUUGGAAGGUGACAAGCCUGCAGGACGAGAAGCCGGCUUAACUGAACGGCGGAAAGGCCUCGCGCGGCGCUACGAAUUAUUUCUGGUCAUUUAAAAAACGAGCAUCGCCAUUCCCGGGAAACAGCCA